UUGCUCUGUCACCCAGGCUGGAGUGCAGUGGCGCGAUCUCGGCUCACUGCAAGCUCUGCCUCCCGGGUUCACGCCAUUCUCCUGCCUCAGCCUCUCCGAGUAGCUGGGACUACAGGCGCCCGCCACCACGCCCGGCUAAUUUUUUUGUAUUUUUGGUAGAGACGGGGUUUCACCGUGGUCUCGAUCUCCUGACCUCGUGAUCCGCCCGCCUCGGCCUCCCAAAGUGCUGGGAUUACAAGCGUGAGCCACCGCGCCCGGCCCGAUAUACAAUCUACUUUACAGGCAAGGAGGGGAAGGUUCAGAGAAUCAGUGAAGGUAGGAAGGGAGGUGCCAGGCCUCAACCCAGACUUUUCUUUUCUUUGAUUUUUUUUGAGAGACAGGGCCUUGCUCUAUUGCCCAGGAUGAGUGCAGUGGCAUAGUCCCUGCAGCCUCCACCUCCUGGGUUCCAGCAACCCUCCCAUCUCAGCCUCCCUAGUAGCUGGGACUACAGGUUGCACCCACUACUUUUUAAAUUUUUAGUAGAGACAAGGUCUCACUAUGUUGCCUAGGUCGGUCUUGAACUGGUGAGCUCAAGUGAUCCUCCUACCUUGGCCUCCUAAAGUGUUGAGAUUACAGGCAUGAGACACUGUGUCCAGACAGACUUAAUCUUCUGCCAUGUGGAGUCCCAGUGUGUCCGGGUAGACUAACCUGGAGGCUUUCAAACAUUGUUAAAAGUAGGGAAUUUUGUCUGUAAGUAAAGUAUUCUAAGGCCGGGCACGGUGGCUCACACCUGUAAUCCCAGCACUUUGGGAAGAUCACCUGAGGUCGGGAGUUCGAGACCAGCCUGACCAACAUGGAGAAACCCCAUCUCUACUAAAAAUACAAAAUUGGCUGGCCGUGGUGGCACAUGCCUCUAAUCCCAGCUACUCAGGAGAAUCGCUUGAACCCGGGAGGCAGAGGUUGCUGUGAGCCAAGAUCGUGCCAUCGCACUCCAGCCUGAGCAACAAGAGCAAAACUCCACCUCAAAAAAAAAAAAAAAGUAUUCUAGUGGCACUCCUAUAUGAACUAAAACGGGGUGCUCAAAUUAAGGGAGCGAAGAGUACCCUUACCCCCCAGGGUUCCAGGGAACACAGUUUGAAGACCAUUUGGUCUGCUCAUCACAAGGCCCCUUUAUGCCUGCUCCCCUGGGGUUCGAGUGUUUAGGAUUCCAAGAAGGGAGGGCUCUGGUUCCCAUGGGCCCAGGGGACCCGAAGGUAGGGAGUCUGGGGCAGUGGGAACCCCCUCCCCUCCAGCAAGUGUCCCUCAUGGGCUCAGGAUGAGGUCUCUGAGCCUCAGGACCCUGCAGCCUGGGGUCAGGAGGGCCAUCCUAGGAGCCCCUGGUGCCUCUCCAGCAUCUUCCACCCCACCGCGGCCCUCUCCCACUUCCCACAGCUCAGGCAGGAGGUGACCGCUGUUUGUCUCCUGGAGCUGCUAAACAGAGAAGGGGAGGGGCUUUGUGGUGGGAUGGUGGUGGGAUGGUGAGGGUGAGAGGAUUUGAGGGGCACCCAGACCUGGGAUCCAAGAGGCCUGCAGCCCCACCUCGCCCUUCCCCACUGGCAGAGGGGAGGGAGUUUCCCUUUGGGGGCGAUGAGAGCCCAGGUGGUGGUGUAGUCUGGGGAGGGAACGGACGCCCUGAAGGGCUGGCCCCUGCCCACGGCCCACGGCUCUAGCCACUUGGCCUUUAGUCUGGUGCCCUCCGUACCCCUAGGGUUCCUCCUCAGGCUGACCCCCUCUGCUGUCUCCAUUCCCUAUUGGAUCAGAGCCCCAGGCACCCCCAGACUGAGGCCCUGACCAGUGGGACCUGGCUUACCUGGGAGGCAGAGGCCGAUGGGUGGAAGGAGCAGGGCGUGCCUGCCUGACCAGUGCUCCAGCUGUCCCCCCGGCCCUCACUGGGGCCUGCUUUGUGGCGCCUGGCGGCGCUAAGGCGGGUGGGCAGGAAACUGAAGCUGAGAGGACAUCAAUCAUUCAUGGGGCUGCUUGCCGGGAAACCCUAACCCUGGCCCAGUAGGGCCAAGUGACCAGCUAGACCCCCUCCCCCAGCCCUGAUGGGCCUGGACAGUCAGACCCUCCUCCCCAGGGCCUCUCUAGCCCAGGGAAGCCUCUAAGACCCCGAGGUCCACCUCCUCCCACAUCACUCCCUGUGCUCCUCAAACCGGCAUUCGAGGCAUCUGUGAUCUGGCCUCUUCCUCCAUUUCACAUGCCCCCUGCUCUGGCCAGGAUGUCACCCAUCGGGGGGGCCUCAGUAGGCCACUUGCUCAUCCUUUCCCACCUCCCAGCCAUUGUCCACAUGCCUCCUCCCACCUGAGAUGCCUUCCCUGGUCCUCUCUGCCUAACGAAGUCCUCCGCCCAUGUCACACAUGGGCUGAGUCUUCUGCGCCCUAGCAUUAUUCCCCGUGUUUUAUAGAUAGGGAAACUGAGGCUGGGAGGGGAAUUUGCUGGAUCCCCCGGCUACUAAGUGGCAGAUCUGGCAUCUGAGGCUCAUGGCAGCCACCACGUCCUGGUGCCCCUUGCUUCUGACCAAGGACAGUUCUCUGGACGCAUCUGGCUCUGCCCUGGCCAGCCCUGGGGCAGAGGACUGGGAUUAGGGCCAGGGCUGCCUGGCUCACUUACCCUAAUCCCCCUCAGAGCCCGAUCCUAGGCUCUCAGCUCUAAGAGUGGGGGUGCAUAAGCAGCUUUAUGGGUCCUGAAAGCCAAGGGUGCCCAGGGGUGCAGUGUCUCUGAGCACUGUUAUCCCUCCCCCAUGGCCACAGAGCAGGCAAGGGGGCAGCACGGCCCAAACCUGGCCACUGGCCCUCAGAAGCCCCCUGCGGGGGUUGUGACUCCCAAGAGUGAUGCAGAGGAGACCCCGCUGACCAGGAAGAGGAGCAAGAAGGAGAGGGGACUCCGAGGGUCUCGAAAGCGCACUGGCAGCUCUGGGGAGCAGACAGGCCCCGAGGCCCCGGGGAGCAGCAAUAACCCUCCCAGCACUGGAGAGGGGCCGGCGGGCGCACCCCCUGCAUCCCCUGGGCCGGCCUCUUCUUGCCAGUCCCACCGACAUCGUCCUGACUCCCGGCACGACACUGCUCAGAGGACAUACGGGCCCCUGCUCAAUCGAGUCUUCGGGAAGGACCGCGAGCUGGGCCCUGAGGAGCUAGAUGAGCUUCAGGCCGCCUUCGAGGAGUUUGACACUGACCGUGACGGCUACAUCAGCCACCGGGAGCUGGGUGACUGCAUGCGGACCCUGGGCUACAUGCCCACCGAGAUGGAGCUCCUGGAGGUCUCGCAGCACAUCAAGAUGCGCAUGGGUGGCCGUGUGGACUUUGAGGAGUUUGUAGAACUGAUAGGCCCAAAGCUGAGGGAGGAGACGGCGCAUAUGCUGGGGGUGCGAGAGCUGCACAUCGCCUUCCGAGAGUUUGACAGGGACAGGGAUGGACGGAUUACGGUGGCGGAGCUGCGGGAGGCGGUGCCGGCUCUGCUCGGGGAGCCGCUGGCGGGUCCUGAGCUGGACGAGAUGCUCCAAGAAGUGGACCUCAAUGGGGAUGGCACCGUAGACUUUGAUGAGUUUGUGAUGAUGCUCUCCCGCCCCUGAGGCUCCAGGAGGGAAUAUCUGUUGCCCCUGCAGUCCCAGACACCAGCCGGACCCAGGCUGCAGCCCUCCCCCAGGAACCUCCAGGAUGGAGAUGGAGACCCAGCAGCCCCCAGACUGCUUCUAUCUCUGAAAACACCUGGCCUCGAUGUCGGCUUGUUAUAUUACCCGCCCACCCUCAUCCUUACCUCCCGCUACUCAAGCUGCCUGGAGAAGACCUGCUCUCAGCUGCCCACCGUUCCUCAGUGUGAGCAAGAUUUGGGUCUCUCCAGACCUCUGGGAGGUAGGGAGUUCCCUGGCACUGGCAGCAUUUAGUGGAGACCCCCCAGUGGCAUGAUUAAUGGAGAGGAUGGCUGGACCCCUUCCACUACUUAUGUUUAUAAUUUUUUUUUUUUUAAUGAACUUGAGCCGGGUGCGGUGGCUCACACCUGUAAUCCCAGCUGUCAGUGGGGCAGGAGCGGGAGGAUAGCUUGAGCCCAGCAGUUCGAGACCUGCCUGGGCAAUGUAUCGAGACCCCAUUCUCCACCAAAAGGAAAAAUGAAAGACAAAAAGCAAACAAACAAAAACCCAAAAAACCCCAGUGUAAAAAAAGUGAGCUUGAAAGAAAGAAAAGGAUGGCUCCAUGUAUUAAAGACAAAGAAAUCGAAGCUGGGGUUGUAGGAGGGAGCUGACCCUGUGGGGGUUUCAGAUCUGGAUAGAGGCUUGGGCGCCUGGACUCCUACACCCGUGAGUGACAGAAGAACCCUAUGAGUCUGGGGAGCAAGAAACAACCCCCCUGGAUAUAUUCCAGGAUCUCCAAAGGCUAAGAUAUUAAUCUGUCUGCACUGACCAGUGGUAGAAAGUGGCAAGGAUACAGACGUUCAGGGCCCGGAGUGGAAAAAGCUGCCCUCAAGAGCCUGGAGCUCCAGGGCCUGCCCUUCAAGCAGGCGUGUAGUCUCUCUCCAGGGUGUGAAAAGCUGAAAAAAACUGGAAAAAACCCUGCCGCUCCCAAAGGGGAACUUGUGAUAAAAACUACAGAUUAUUGGGCCAGGAGUGGUGGCUCAUGCCUGUAAUCCCAGCACUUUGGGAGGCCGAGGCGGGUGAAUUACCUGAGGUCAGGAGUUUGAGGCCAGCCUGACCAACAUGGUGAAACCCCAUCUCUACUAAAAAUACAAAAAUUAACCGGGCGAGGUAGCGUGCACCUGUAAUCUCAGCUACACGGAGGCUGAGGCAGGAGAAUCGCUUGAGCCUGGGAGGUGGAGCUGCAGUGAGCUGAGAUCACACCAUUGCACCCCAGCCUGAGCAACAGAUCGAGACUCCGUCUCAAAAACAAAACAAAAAAGCCUACCAAUUAUAAAAGUGAAGAAACCACCACGAAGGAGACGAGGCAGAGAUAAAAGCAAGAGGACUGGCAUCUCAUGUACAUAAUACAGCCGCCUAAGAGACCACAAGAUACAUGCAAAUAAAAGACGGCUAAAAGGGGAAAAGAGAUCAACAUGCAGUAACAGGAUAGUAUGAAGAGAGAACCGGAAGAUUUAAAAAGUAACCCAACAGGCCAGGCACAUGGCUCAUGCCUGGAAUCCCAGCACUUUGGGCGGGUUGCUUGAGCUCAGGAGUUCGAGACCAGCCUGGGCAACAUGGUGAAACCCCGUCUCUACUAAAAAUACAAAAAUUAGCCGGGCGUGGUGGUGCUUGCAUCUGUGGUCCCAGCUAUUCUGCAGGCUGAAGUGGGAGGAUCACUUGAGCCCAGGAGGCAGAGGUUGCAGUGAGUCGAGUAAUAGAGUGAGAAUCCGUCAAAAAAAAAAAAAAAAAAAAAAAAAAAAAAUGGCUUCUGUUAAAAAAAAAGUAUAUUUUUUAUAUAUACACACACACAGCCAUUGGAAUAAAAAAUAAUGGAUAAGCUAAAAGGCAGAUUAAACACAAUUUAAAGAAGAUUGACGAACUGGAAGCUAUAUCUAAGAAAUCACUUAUAAUGUAACACUGAGAGACAAAAAGAUGGAAAAUAUUAAAGGGUAGUUAAAAGUCACUGGAAGGCUGGGCAUGGUGGCUCACGCCUGUAAUCCCAGCACUUUGGGAGGCUGAGACGGGUGGAUCAUGAGGUCAGGAGAUCGAGACCAUCCUGGCUAACAUGGUGAAACCCCAUCUCUACUAAAAAUACAAAAAAAAAAAUUAGCUGGGCAUGGUGGCGGGCACCUGUAGUGCCAGCUACUCGGGAGGCUGAGGCAAGAGAAUGGCGUGAACCUGGGAGGCAGAGCUUGCAGUGAGCUGAGAUGGCGCCACUGCACUCCAGCCUGGGCUACAGAGCGAGACUCCGUCUCUGAAAAAAAAAAAGGUCACUUGGAGACUGGGUGUGGUGGCUCAUGCCUGUAAUCCCAGCAUUUUGGGAGGCGAAGGCAGGAGGAUCACUUGAGGCCAGGAGUUUGAGACCAGCCUAAUAGCAAGAACCUGCCUCUUUAAAAAAUAAUAAAAAAAUAAGCUGAGUGUAGUGGCUCAUGCUUGUAGUUCCAGCUAUUCAGGAGGCUGAGGUGAGAGGAUCAUUUGAGCCCAGGAGUUGGAAGCUGCAGUGAUCGUGCCACUGCACUCCAGCCGUGGUGACAGGGCAAGAGACCCUGUUUCAAAGAAAAAGACAGAUAAGUCCUUGGGAGUCUCAGACAGAGGAAAUACAUAGAGAAUGAGCAAGAAGCAAUAACCAAAGAGAUAAUGGCUGAAAAUUUUCCAUAAAGACUUCCACAGACUUCAAGUCCCCAGACUGAAGGAACAAACUGAAGUCAGAGUAGGGUAAAUAAAAAUAAAUGUAUAUCUGGAUAUAUCCCACUGAAACUGCAGAAUAUAAACAGCAAAUCUUAUAAAUAACUGGAGAGAAAAGUCAGAUUCAUGGUGUUCUGUCAAAGUGUUCAUGUAGACUAAGGGUGGGGAAACUUUACUCUGUAAAGGGCUGGACAGUAAUUAUCUUCAGCUUUGAGGCUUCAGUCUCUGUUGCAGCCGCUCACGCAACUCUGCUGUUGAAGUUUGUAGUGCAAAGUCAAGUCAACAAAUGUGUGGCUAUGUCGGAAAUUCAAUCAAUAACAGUAAAACUUCAUUUAUUGACAUGGAAAUUUGAAAUUUAUAUAAUUUUAUGUCAUAAAAUCUUAUUAUUAUUUGACUUUUCUCCAACCAUUACAAAAUAUAAAAACCAUUCUGUGGACUAUACCUCGCUGAUUCCUAAUGCAGACUUCUAAUGAUGGGAGUCGCCACUUCUGAAAUUACUUUCUGUUAAGAUUGUAGAAUGAAGUCGAGCGAGGUGGCUCAGGGGUUAGAGACCAGCCUGGCCAGAAACCCUGUCUCUACUAAAAAUACAAAGAUUAGCUGGGCAUGGUGGCACGUGCCUGUAGUCGCAGCUACUGGGAAGGCUGAGGCAUGAGAAUCGCUUAAACCAGGAGGCAGAGGAUGCAGUGAGCCGAGAUCGCGCCACUGCACUCCAGCCUGGGAGACAGCGAGACUCGUCUCAAAAAAAAAAAAGAGGAAUAAAAAGUUGUUAGUUGCGA